AUUAAAAUUUAAUCAGGUGCUAAAUUCUAUUUACUGAUACGUAGAGAUCAGUUACAAGUCAACCAACUGUCGAUAGGAAGGUGUAAAUGAAGAUGCAUCUUUUCUUCUUUGUCAUCUUUGUUCUUGUGACUCACUGUGCCCAAGGAAAAAUAGAGAAAUGCGACCGAAAAAUUGACCUGGCGGUCGUUUUGGACGUUUCAGGGAGUAUAAAUGAUGAAAACAUAAGCCUUGCAAAGAAAUUCGCCAAAACACUUCUAAGACGAUUCAGAAUCUCCAGAGACAACGUUCGUGUAUCAUUUGUGGCGUACUCGGAGUCGGUGAAGAUAUAUUCCACGUUCGAGGACGACCAGGAGGAAGAAGGGCUUGAGCAAAAAGUGAACAAUAUGUUCUUUGAAGGAUCUUCCACAAAAACAAGGAAGGCUCUAAGUGUAUUAAACAAUCAACUGUUUGUUCAAAAGCAUGGCUCAAGAAUCGAGGAGUCUGAUGUAAGGAAAGUUGCUGUUAUUCUCACAGAUGGAUUCAGUUUCAUCGGACCCGAAGUUGUAAAAAUAGGAGCAGAUGCUCUGAAAAAGAGAAGAAUCGAAGUGUUUGCGAUCGGAAUUACCCGAAGAAUUGGGAAAGAAGAGUUGACAAACCUAUCCAGCAAACCUGUUGAAAACCACUUUUUUAGGCUAAACAAUGAUAAAUCUCUUAAUCAUAUAAUUGAUCAUAUUGUUAAAAACAUUUGCAAAUAGAAAAAUCAAUUAUGUGACACAUAUUUCCACAACUGAAUCGGCAUAAAAAAGCCAUGCAUGGUGGUCAUUAUUGUUUGCAAAUUAUUGGAAUAAAAAUGUUCCGUUUCGGACACAA